AUGGUCGACACUCGAGCUUCUGGAUCGGCGAGGCAUGACGAAAAAGAUUUCACGUUCCAUGAUGUGUAUGCCCGUGCUGUUGGUUUUGAUACGCGCAAAUCACAAAUGAGGAAAAUAGAUGGUGUUACUACUUGGUAUAGUGUGGUAUGCAAUAGGGAAGGCAGCAAGAAGUCGAUUGAGGAUGACCAAGCGAAUGCACGGUCUGGUUUUUCGAUCAAACGCCGACGGUUAUCCAAGCGGUGUGGAUGUAAAGCGAGGAUAUCUUUCAAGUUCUUCUCCGAAGGAGGAGUUCCAGGUUAUUUUGUCGAGGAGUUAAACGAGGUUCAUAACCAUUAUAUGGUUGAGUCAGAGCAUCAACAUUUUAUGUCACUCAAUCGAAAUUUGGAGGACGUACAUCACCAAUUUAUUUUGGAUUGUUCGAAGGCUAAUAUAGGCCCCACACUUACGUUCAAUGAUUUGAAGGAAAUACUCGGUAGUUUUCAUCUAGUUGGUUGCAACGUUGGGGACAUCAGGAAUGCUUCUCGAGACAUCAAAGCAUACGCACAUGGUAUUGACGUGCAAAUGGUUUUGGAUGAUAUGGCUAAGAAGAAGGAGAUGUCUGAGGCAUUCACAUAUGAGUACGAGAGGAAUUACCAUAUAUUCGGUGAUAUAGUGGCUUUUGACACCACCUAUAACACCAAUAGGUAUUGUAUGAUCUUCGCGCCAUUCACGGGAAAGGACAAUCAUGGACGACCAGUAACUUUCGCUGUUGGUUUGGUAAGCAACAAGAAGACGGGCGCUUUUGCAUGGUUGUUUAGACUUUUUGUCCAGUGUAUGGGGGUUGCUCCGAAGAUGAUCGUUACAGAUCAAGAUUUGGGCAUGAGAUCGGCUAUUGAAGAGAUUCUUGUCGGCACUCGCCACAGAUGGUGUAUGUGGCAUAUCAUGCAUAAGUUGGCCAAUAAAGUUCCUAGUCAGUUAUUGAGGGACGAAGAUUUCAAGAAAGAGUUCAAUGCAUGUGUCUGGUCGGACCUGCUUGAACCCGACGAGUUUGAAGAAGAGUGGAAUCGAGUAGUUGAGCGUUAUGGCCUGGAAGAACAUAGUUGGUUCAAGACGUUGUACGAGUAUAGGCAAUUAUGGAUACCUGCGUACUUCAGAGAUUUCCCACUGGGGAAGAUGAUUAGGACCACCUCGAUAUCUGAAUCAGAGAAAGCUUUUAUAAAAUUUAUUGAAAGCCACGCAACAACAUUGCCGAAUUCUACUUGA